UGAAGAUGAAAAAUCAUUCCCGUCAUACACAUCCUCCGAGGAUCAUCUCAUUCAAAUUUAUUAACAUAACUCAAAAUGAAAUCGUUUGUGGUAGUAUCAGCGGUGCUCGCAGUGGCCUUUGCGCAGGCGCAGCAGUACAACCAGCAAGUACCUAUCCUCAGCUACCAACAGGACUCUAAUGUGGAUGGAAGCUACCAAUACAGCUAUGAGACCGGCAACGGCAUCGCAGCUCAGGAGCGGGGCUACUUGAAGAACCCCGGCAUCAAGGACGCGGAGGCGCAGGUCGCUGAGGGAUCCUUCAGCUACACAUCCCCUGAAGGGGUACCUAUCUCUCUCAGAUACGUCGCUGACGAGAACGGAUUCCGCCCCGAGGGAGCUCAUCUACCAACCCCCCCUCCGAUCCCAGAGGCCAUCGCCCGCGCCCUCCAGUACAUCGCCUCUCAGCCCCAACAGCCUCAGAACUUCCAGCAGCCCCAGGCCUUCCAGCCCCAGCCCCAGCCACAAUUCCGGCCUUCCGCCUUCCAGUCCAGGGCCUUCGCAUCUCUCGGCUAAACAAUAAUCCCAACAAUAUUAUGAGUUACUUAGAAAGCUCUCAUUAAGAAGAAAUUAAUAACUGUGAUUUAUUUAGUAAAUAAGUAUAUAACAUUUAUGUGAGAAAAAUAUAUUAUUCUCAAUGGA